AUGAACGGCGAAGACCCGCCCGAGCGGCCCGACUACAUUACCAACAUCAUCAAUGGUCUCGAGCGCUAUAAUCCCGAGGCUGUCAGUAGCUUGGAGACCUAUCUGCAGGAGCAAUGUGAACAAAAGUUUUGCGACUCGAAUGCCAACCGGACCUUGCUCAAACUGUAUCAGCUGAACCCCGAUCGAUUGAAGGAUGAGGUCGUCACAAACAUUCUCGUCAAGGCCAUGACCUUGUUCCCCUCGCCGCAAUUCUCUCUAGCCCUGCACCUCGUCAAUCCUUCCGCCGUGGUCUCUGGUGAGCUCCACGAAGCUGUAACCAAGUUGCGCUCUCUGAACUCGCAGCUUGAGGGAGCCCAGUACGCUCAGUUCUGGGCUUCCGUUGAUGGAGACGAUCUGUGCGCAGACUUGAUCGCCGAUAUCUCCGGUUUCGAGGACGUUAUCCGACACCGCAUCGCGCUACUCGUGUCUCAGGCCUUCCGAGAGCUCAAGCUCACCCAUCUCGAGUCGUGGCUGGGUCUGAGCGAGGACGCCACUCGCAAGUUUGUCACCGAUGCUGCUGGCUGGACUGUCGACGGAGAUGGCAAUAUCAAAGUCCCCUCGAACCCCGACAAUGAGGCCAAGAAGGCCGAGAUUCGUGAGGAUGUCAAUGUUGAGCAGUUUUCGAGAGUGAUUCGCCGAUCAUGGGAGGACACUCUGUAA